CACACACACACACACACACACACACACACAGGCACACACAGAGAUAGAUAGCGAGAGAGAGAGAGAGAGAGAGAGACCCAGCCAGCCAGUGUGCAGCACACAGCCUCCAGUCUCAGCCCAGGACAGGUCUGAGACACGGUCUUGGUUCCGUUGCCAGCGAGAGAGAAAGAAAGAGAGAGCGGGAGAGAGAGAGAGAGAGAGAGAGCGGGAGAGAGAGAGAGAGCGGAGGGGUUUACAGCGCAGAAGCCUGCAGAGAGCCCCCCACCUCCGACUCCACCACCUCAAGCGCCAGCCCAUUUCCCCCCUCUCCUCCGCCCACCCACCCACCCACCGGCUGUCCCUCCACCUCUCUCUCUCUCUCUCUCUCUCCCUCUGCAAGAUCGAGAACGAGGACUGGUAUCCCCAGGACUCCCGACACUAGCGAUGAUCCGGACCAUUGAGCUGAGAAGUUGCUGCUGACUGACUCCGUUGCCUGGAUGUCUUCUGCUCACUGCAUCCUGCCUUUUACCAGGGACAGCACUGAGCAGCUCUCAGUGCACCACCCUCACCUCCCGGAGCUGGGCCCGGACCCCAUCUACAGGCUCCCCAUGGCCCCCUGCUCCUCCCAGUACGACAACCCCCUCCCGCACCUGACCCCGCAGUUCGGGGUCUGCGGUGAGCAGGGGCAACAGUCCGAGGCGGAGAUGACCUGGCAGGAGCUGAUGUCGCUGGCGGAGCUACAGUUACAGGGUCUGGACACAGACGGAGAGAUGGCUGCUGAUCCCACGUUCUACGGCGGCCCUGCCUACCCUCUUCCUCCUCCUCCUCCUCCUCCUCCCAUGGACCCGUACUGCCUCUCCGGACCCCCCGCCCAGGCCUGGCACGGCCACGCCGGGACCCCGGCGCCGGGGGUCUACGCCCUGCCCGUCUACGAGGGUGGGCCCCGCGCCCCCGGAUUCGAGGGCGGCUGCUGCCUGGCGCUGGGCGACCGGCCGACUGACCGGCCGAGCGAGGCCGGGUGCUGCGAGAGGGGCUCGGACGGGGGCUCGGACUCGGGCCUGUCGCUGGACUCCAGCCCCAACGCCGGCUCGGAGGGUUGGGGGGCCGCGCCCAGUCUGCGGGGUUGCCCGUGGGGCCACGGCGGGCUGGCCUUGCCCCCUCUGCCCCUACCUCAGCCUCAGCUUCAGCUUCAGCUUCAGCUUCAGCAGCAGCAGCAGCAGCGCCCGGUGUCCAGGGGCAAGAGGGACAGCUCCAACCGGGACGAGAGGAGGGCCCAGGCGCUUCGGAUCCCCCUGGCCACCGAGGCCAUGGUCAACCUGCCCGUCGACGACUUCAACGAGCUGGUCAGCCGGCACCGGCUGAGCGAGCAGCAGCUGACCCUGGCCCGUGACAUCCGGCGCCGGGGCAAGAACAAGGUGGCGGCCCAGAACUGCCGGCAGCGGAAGCUGGAGAACAUCGCCCGGCUGGAGCGGGACCUGCUGGCCCUGCGGCUGGAGCGCGAGCGGCUGGCCGGCGAACGGGAGGAGGUGGGAGCCCAGCUGCGGCGGGCCGAGCGCCGGGUGGGGGAGCUGAGCCGCCGGGUGUUCGCCGCCCUGCGGGACCCCCGGGGGCUCCCCUACUCCCCGGAGGAGUUCUCCCUGCAGCAGGCGGCCGACGGCGGGGUGUACCUGGUCCGGUGCGUGGCCGGGGGGCAGGAGGAGGGGCAGGGAGCCAAUCUGCUGGACACUAGCACCUGCGAAGAGAAGAGAAGAAAGAUUUGGGUUCAUCCGGGGCCUUUCGCCAGCUCAGGACGUCCGAAACAGUGGCACAGGCAACAAAGCACUUUUAAUUUAGCCUCACCGCUUGUAGUUCAGCUGCCCUUUCAAGUGGUGUUGGUCGAGAGAUGCGUCACCGGAAAGGCCGGGUAG